GAACUGGUUGGGACCGCCGAACCAGUUCAGCGUGGUCAGGACCACCUGCUUUCUGCCUCGGAAGUACUGCACGGGGAAGUCUGGAGGGAAGGGUCGAGAGUCAAGGCAGCAAAUCAAAUGAUCGUGACACCGAAGGAUUAGCACCAUCUCAUCCAUCAUCAUCACCGCCUGCUUGUGUUUUUCUUCGCCGGGCUCAUUACUGUCAGCCGCCCGCAUAAGAAAAUGACAAAGGAUGAGCGCGGGAUCGUUGUUUCACGAUGACUUCUGGCUGCCCGUUUGCUUUCCGUUGAAACGCAGCUCCGCCCCCUUUUCUACUCCGUCACGGCCAGACUUAUCUCGUGUCAUUCGUCCAAAAGUGCACUCCAUCAGCUGACCCCCCUCCCCCCAUUGAUGGAGCAAGCCAACAACCUCGCUCACUACGUUGAGGUUGAUGUGAGGACACUGGGAUGUUACACACUGAGGAACAUGAAGGAUCACGAAUAAAACCGUACAAUAUUCAUCGUCCACAAAUGCCUUGCAAAAAUGCAUCCUGCUCGUGAAAGUCUGCAUUCUCAAUGGAAUCAAGCGGAAUCCAGGAAACACGACUUACAGUCUUGCAUCCACCCAAUUCCUAACACCGCCAGGCAUCGCAAGAUCCUCAUUCCGAUGAAUAACGGGAAAGACGAGCGAUGCAAGCGUGAGAGACGACGUGGGAGAGGAGACCUUUCCCGUGGUGAUAUGUUGUUCCUGCUCAGUGUUCUGGAGGGAGAACUUCAGGCGAGAGAUGAAGUCAUUGCAGUGCUGAAAUCAGAGAGGACCGACUCUGCUCUACUGAAGGCCCACUAUGGUUUUAUUGGACUACAGGGGGCGCUACGUUCCCUGCAUGGAGACUCGCUGCAGUCACAACAACAGGGCCGCUCACAGGAUGUGUGCAAAACAGCUAGUGCUGAGCUUACUACUGUUAUACGGUCCCAGAAAAGGUCAAACAAGUGGAUGCAGCAGCAGCUUCUCGAGGUAUCAAACGCUUACCGAGAUGCUGUUAGCAGGAGUGAGGAGCAGCUUAGAAGCCACCGGAAUUUUGUUGAAAAGAGGAAGCGCUUUGUAGCAUUACUGGAGGAGGACCGAGAGAGACUGAAGCUCCUGAUUGUAAAGGAACAACAAUACCAGGAGUUAAAGGAGACCAUCAGCAAGCGAGACAUAUCGCUUCUUAAAGAGGAGCUGAACCGCCUGAAAGCUUUUGCGCUGCUGCUGGUAAAGGAGCAUCAGAGUUUGAAGGAGCUGUUGGAGGAGCACAGGCUUCAUGUCAAAGAACUGAGCGCCAUCGCUAAAGGUAUUGACCAGGACGCCAGUCUGGCGAGAGAGAGGCGGCCCAACUCGAUGCAUCCUGAAGUGGAGCGGCACAAUUCAGCCAGCAACGUCCACCGCUCCCGUCACGCCAUGACAGCUCAACUUGCUGACGGGUCCGCUCAAAAUCAGCCACUUAGACAGCAGCACUCGAGUGUUGGUCGCCGGAUAGACACCCUGGAAGAAACAGAAAGUUCUGCAAGGGAGAAGGACAAAGGACUGCAGGAGCCCGGUGAUCGAGAAUCUAGACAGCAAGGCUCGCUGUCAGAAGUGGAGGUACUGAGGAGAAGGGUGGUGGAGAUGGAAGGAAAAGACGAAGAACUUAUCCGCAUGAGAGACCAGUGCCGGGAUCUGGACUGCAGACUGGUGAGGGAGACUAAAAAUUGCUCGAACCUGAAGGUGGAGGUGAAUAGGCUCAAUGGGAGAAUUAGUGAAUUAGACCGCAUAGAGGAGACUUUGGGAAAAAGCAAACAAGAGUGUUGCAAUCUGCGCGACAGCUUGGAAAAAGAGAGAGAUGUCAGCAAGAUGCUCUCGGGUGAGGUGGACUCCCUGAAGGUCAAAGUGAGGGAGGUGGAAGCGAGUGAGGGCCAACUCGAAAAGAGUGAGGCGGCAAUCAGACAUGACCUGGCCACCCUCAGGUCUCUGACGGCGGCCUUGGCAGAAGACAGAAAGACCAUGUCAGAGAGACUUCAGGAGGCCGAGGAAAAGCUCAGCGGGUGGGGGAGCAAAAAUUCCGCAGGGACUUCAAGAGAAGAGGCAGAGAUUUCAAAGGCAGAUGUGGAAGACAAGAUAACAGACAUGACAAAGGCUAGGGACGAGUUACAAGCCAGGCUCGCAGUGGAGCAGCAGAGAAACAUGGAGCUCGAGAGCAAAAUGCUCAUUAUGAGAAAGAGGUUACAGGUUUUGGAGAACCGCAGAGAAAAGGAGGAGAAGUACAUGCAAGGCUCCAAUAGCACCAGCCCUCGUUGCCAAGCGGAAGAGAACAAAGCCAAACAACUCACGUGGGAGCUGGAGAGGCUCCAAAAAAGACUGCAGGACAAGGAGAUGAUGGAGAAAGAACUGAUGAAAGUAGAGGUCGACUACGAGUCUCUGGAAACGAGAUUUAAAGAGGAACAGAUAAAGUCCAAGUCUCUACUCAAAGAACUUGAGGUGGCCAAAAAGGAGCUUUCCGGAUACAAACAGGCAGAAAAGCAGGACGUCAACCAAGAACAUCUCCUCCUUUGUCGUCUUCAGAAGGAGCAGGUCAAGUCCAGGCUGCUCGGGAGAGAGGUCAGUGCCCUAAAAGAGCAACUCCAGCAGCUGAUGGGCACAGAAAAAUCCAUUAGCAGGGUCCAGACGGAUCACUCUGCACUGCAGGGUAAGUUGACGCAACAAGAAGCAAGGAACCGGGAACUCGCCCGAGAGAUGAGGUACCUGAGCAGCGAACUCGACAGAUACACACACUUAAAGAAUCUCACGCCAGGCGAUAAUGAAGAGCAUUAUCGCCCCACCAAAGAGGUCCAAACCGAGCCAGCGGCUAGCCUGCCUCCUGACUGCCAACUGCCCUCUAUAAUAAAUGAAACAUUUGGCAAGAAACGUGACGAGGAGGAUUCAAACCACAACGUCGAAGUCAUAGACAGCCAGGGCUCAACUAUCGUCAGCAACCUGAACAGUUUGAACAGUGCCAACAACAUCGUGAGCCAAAACAGAGGCCUCGCAGCCAACGGGGUAAAUGUGCACCAAGCGGCUAAUGGGGACGUCAUGAUGCUAACGCACACGCCAGGGCAGCCGCUGCAAAUCAAGGUAACGCCUCAUCACAUUCUCAACACGGCCACCCUUGAGAUCAGCAGCCCCACGGCGGACGCCUCCGCAUCCUUCACCAGCACAGCCUUCAUCCCGUCCGGCGGAAACACACCAAACCAAAGAAUCACCAUCAUCCAGAAUAAGACGCCGCCCUCGAGUCCCGACCGUACCAUCUCCCUGCUUAACGGGACGCCCGUCUCUCGAAUUAUGAGUCCUAAUUCAUCCCGAUCGGCGACGCCCGACCUCCCGAUCCAGAUUCUGACGGUCAGGACUUGUUCGCCGGAGCCGACCGACAUCGGGAGCCAGGCCGCCUUCUGCAUGAAUCCAGAGCGGCAGAACAGCUGGCAGCACGUGUGCUCCAACAGCCCAGACUCCAGCCCUAGCAUCAUCACCACGGAGGACAAUAAGAUCCACAUCCACCUAGGGAACCCGUAUCUCCCGUCUCAUGGCAUGCCGCCGCCUCUAAGGCCGUACUACCUUCGACAUGAGCAGAGGACUCAAGUGCUUGCCAACGGCUGCCAUGUUAAAGGCGUCGGCAAGAUUACCAGUAGUAUUACCAUAUCUCCUACCACUUCUCCCGCCUCACACUCCCCGAUGUAGCAGCGGUCAUUUUGAUGAGGUCAAAAAUGUCAGAAUGUCUCUUACCGUACAUAAUGUAUUAUUAGACUAUGCAAUUAAAUCGAUACAUGUUUUUUUUGGUUUGUUUUUUUUAUAAUGGCACACCAUAGUUUGCUAAAAUACACGUAGCUAGUAUUUCUUUUCCAUAUAAUACUUUGUGCAGCUGUUUCUACUGCCUGUAUGAGAACGACAUGAAACUACAAUACAGUGGCUUUUAUGUGAA